AUGGAAACUCUUAGAGUGAAGCUCGGCUUUGAAGGGAUGUUUGUGGUGGAUCCUAUAGGGAGAAGUGGUGGGCUUGGUCUAUUUUGGAAGGAGAAAGACUUGCUGGAAAUUCAAAAUUACUCUAGAAUGCAUAUCAAUGCCGUGGUUAAAACUGUAGAGGGGACAAGUGGGUGGAAGCUGACCGGUUUUUAUGGCCAACCGGAUUGGACCAAAAGGCACGAGUCUUGGGCGCUAUUGCGACACCUAAAACAAUUUUCUCCGUUUCCGUGGCUUUGUAUUGGUGAUUAUAAUGAAAUUACGGAUCAAAGUGAGAAAGUGGGAGCCAAUCUUCGGAAGAACACGAUGAUGGGUCAGUUUCGGGAGGCCCUCGAAGACUGCAACCUCAGUGAUUUGGGGUACAUUGGGUCGAAGUAUACGUGGAACAAUCGCCGUGAGGAUGACGGUUUUAUUAAAGAGCGAUUGGAUAGAGCCACGGCCAAUACCGGAUGGUGUAAUCUCUUCAAAAAAUUUGAGUUGAGGGUGUUGGCUGCACGUACAUCAGAUCACAAGCCACUCUUACUCUCUUAUACGGACAGAGGUGAUGACUGUGCAGGCCCCCUUCGUGGAACAAAAUUUGAAGCCAGAUGGUUACAUGAUGAAGAGGCAAAUGAGGUGAUUAGAAGGGCGUGGAUAUCAGAUAUGGGGGGAGGGCCGAGUAUGAACACUGUGCAGCAAAAGCUUGCAACAUGCAAAGCUGAUUUACGUACCUGGAGCUGGAAAAAACACGGGCAGGUUGAGAAAAAAAUAAAAGAGAAGACCAAGGAAUUGGAAGAGGUGCAGAAACAGGAAAAUAAAGAAAAUGUGGGAAAAAUCCAGCAGCUCCAAGGCGAAAUUGAUAUUCUGCUGGAACAAGAAGAUACACGAUGGAAACAACGGGCCAAACAAAAUUGGUACCAACAAGGAGAUCGAAAUACCCCAUUCUUUCAUGCUUGGGCGAGCCACCGGCGGAAGAUUAAUUACAUUGGGAAGGUAGUUGAUGAAGGGGGAACCGAAUGGAGCAAGAUGGAAGACAUUGGUACCGCAUUCACUGAAUUUUACCAGCAGCUAUUCACUACAGGGACGGUGCAGGGUGUGGGUGAAUGUUUGGAGGGGAUGGAGAGGCGAGUUACAGAGGAGAUGAAUAAUAACCUCCUCAGGCCGUUUACUCAGAGUGAAGUGGAAGAUGCUUUGAAUCAAAUGCACCCAUUAAAGUCUCCCGGACCCGAUGGCAUGUCAGCGGUGUUCUAUCAACAUUCUUGGGGUAUGAUCAACAAGGAGGUAUGUAAGGCGGUGCUUGAUUUUUUGAAUAAUGGAAUUUUUGAACCUUCCAUCAAUGAGACUUUUAUUACCUUAAUUCCAAAGAUCAAAACCCCCACACGUAUCACUGAGUAUAGGCCCAUCAGUUUAUGUAAUGUUAUUUAUAAAUUGAUUGCAAAAGCCUUAGCUAACAGAAUGAAGAAGGUAUUGUCCCAGGUUAUUUCCCCAAAUCAAAGUGCAUUCCUCCCAGGUCGACUAAUCACAGACAACAUAUUGGUAGCUUAUGAAGCCCUUCACACGAUGGAUGCUAGAUUAUCGGGAAGGAAAGGCUAUAUGGCUUUGAAGCUAGACAUGAGUAAGGCCUAUGAUCGGGUUGAAUGGGCUUUUUUGGAGGCUAUUAUGGUAGGAUUGGGGUUUGCCGAAGAAUGGGUAGGAAAAGUGAUGACGUGUGUUCGCACGGUUACAUACUCUAUUCUCAUAAACGGCCAACCAUAUGGGAAAAUUGUGCCAUCUCGGGGGAUACGGCAAGGGGACCCACUAUCUCCUUAUCUCUUCAUCUUGUGUGCGGAGGGUCUUAGCACUCUGUUAAAUAAGGCGGAACAGGAGGGUCAGAUCUCAGGAUUCCCAAUUGCCCGUAGAGGAACAAAGAUAAAUCAUCUCUUGUUCGCGGAUGACAGCUUACUCUUUUGCCGAGCCAGUAUUUUAGAGUGGGCACGCAUACAAGAUGUUUUGGAGGUAUAUGAGAAAGCAUCAGGCCAACAAUUGAACCGGAGCAAGACUUCUAUUUUCUUUAGCAAGAAUACUAAGAUAGAAGCUAAAACAGUCAUCCUCAAUGCAGCGGGGGUGAUCUCUACGGAUAGGUAUGAGAAAUAUCUGGGUCUACCGGCUUUAAUUGGGAGGUCAAAGGUGAGUGCUUUUACAAAUAUUACAGGGAAAAUAUGGGAACGCAUUAAUGGCUGGAAGGAAAAGUUCCUCUCCCAAGCAGGGAAGGAAGUGCUCUUAAAAGCUGUGGUGCAAUCGAUUCCAACAUUUACAAUGAGUGUCUUUCAAUUGCCCAAAACUCUUUGUAAAGAAAUUAACGCCAUGAUGGCUAAAUUUUGGUGGGGGCAUAAGGAGAAUGACUCGCGGAUUGCAUGGAUGAGUUGGCAUAAGAUGGGCAUGGCAAAGGAGAGUGGCGGGUUGGGGUUUCGUGAUCUUGAAAUGUUCAACCUAGCACUCCUUGCCAAACAAGGUUGGCGAAUCAUGACAAACCCCAAUACCUUAGUAGCCACGAUACUCCGAGAAAAAUACUACCCCCACGGGAACUUUUUGGAAGCCAAUUUGGGACGUAAACCCUCUUACGCAUGGAGAAGUAUAUGGAAUGCCAAAGGUCUUCUUAAUGAAGGCUUAAUAUGGAGAGUUGGUAAUGGAGAAUCAAUCCGGAUUUGGGAAGAUCGGUGGCUUCCAAACAAAGGGUCACACAAAGUCCAGUCGCCCAUCCAUAUUUUACCUAGAGAUGCUACCGUGAGUGCUCUUCUAAAUUCUGAUACGAGAUGGUGGGAUACGGAUUUGGUACAUAAUGUUUUUAAUGAAGAAGAAGCUAGGGAGAUAUGUGGAAUGGUGGUAUGUCCCAAUACUAGAAGUGACCGAUUAGUUUGGGCAGGGGAGAAGAAUGGUGUAUUCACAGUCCGAAGCGCUUAUCAUUUAGCUAAAGCACUUGGGCUAAGGGAAGAAGGAAGCUGUUCGGAAGACACUAGGCUCAAAAGGGUGUGGAAAGGGAUAUGGAAGAUAAGGGGAGCAAGUGUGGUUAAAACUUUCAUGUGGCAAGCAUGUAAUAAUAUUCUACCUACAAAGGAGGUGUUGCACAAGAGGAAAAUCACUCAAGACCCUCUCUGCCCGAUUUAUGGCUUGAAAACAGAAACUGUAGGCCAUAUACUAUGGAGUUGCCCUUCUGCCAGAGACGUAUGGACAGAGUGCUAUCCCAAACUCAGUAAAUGUGCCAGUCUUGAAGCUGAUUUCAUUGAUAUCAUGGCCCACCUGCUGGAGCGAUUGGAUGCAGAUCAAUUACAAUUUAUGGCGUCAGUUGCUCGACAAAUCUGGCUAAGGAGAAAUUUGGUGGUGUUUGGAGGGGAAUUGACGGAACCAAGCACUAUCAUUCGCUGGAGCAAGGAUCAAGUUGAAAACUGGUGCAACUUUAAUAAACGAAGGACACGGAGGGAGGUUACUUCUGAGCGAGCUCCUUCAACUGUAUGGACCAAACCACCCCAGGGAUAUGUGAAAAUAAACUGGGAUGCCUCGGUUGACAAACAGAGAAACAGAAUGGGAGUGGGUGUAGUUAUUCGCGAUCAUGAAGGAGGAGUUGUUGCAAUGUUUUGCACAAGUAAAGAGUUCGUGCAGGACCCAACCAUGGCUGAGGCCAUUGGAGCAUGGGAAGCAGUGAAGCUGGCUCAAAGGCUGGAGCUGCGGCAAGCCCUGUUCGAAGGGGACUCUUUAGAAGUUGUGAGAAUGAUGCAAAGGGAAGAUGGCUGUUGGACUACAUAUGGACAGAUCGUGAAUGAUGCACAGGAGAGGCUGCAACACUUGAAUGGGUGGGGUAUUAAUCAUGUUGGCAGAUCUGCAAAUGGUGCUGCCCACCAACUGGCUAAGCUGGCCCUUGGGUAUGUUGACACGCGAGAAUGGCAGGAGUUGUUUCCUCCGAGUGUGCUCUCUAUUGUAUUAGCUGAAAGCUGA